GAGCUCUCAACUACCAUGGAUGCUGGUGGGGUAACUCUAAGCGGAAAUGCGACUCUUAGGUGGGCCGUUCAACCAGAGGAUCGCGUGGAGGUGAUUUCAUCUUUACAAAGCUGUGGCGACUUAUGCAUGAUGUAUGUUUUUUGGCAGAUGAGUGGCAAACUUUUAUAUAUGGACAGAGGGACCUGGACGCCAACAGUGUUCUCGCUGACUGCAAAGGACUUCUGCACUGUUAUGUUCGACAAAAACCAACUGUGGUACAAAUACUGGACUGCGCAUAUUACCAAUGAAGUAAAGAAUUGUUUAAAUGUUCCCGGUACUAAAAUUAUACAUGAGAAAUAUGUGCUCAGUUUGACCGCUACUGCUGUGGGGCCAGUUACCCCAGGUCGUUACAAAGCCAACCUAAUGUUCAGAGCCUACGAUUCUUCCGGGGCCGAGAGGCCGACUCGCAUUUGCGUAGAAGUACGGGGCGAUUUAUCUAAAGUCAGACGAUCAAAGCCCUUUGCAUAAAGGGGGCCCAA